AUGAUCCCCAAAGAAGCUAAACCAAAUCAGCAAGAGACGAAGGCUGAGCCUCAACCACUUUCGUUAUCAUCACUCCCAGACGAAAUCUUGGAGAACAUUCUUGCCCGUCUCUCCAAGUGGAAUUACCCUAAUUACUCUCUCGUCUCCAAAAGAUUCCUCUUUCUCCUCUCUUCUCCUGAAAUCUACGCUACACGAUCUCGCAUCGGAACCACCGAACCAUGCCUCUAUUUUUGCGUAGAAGACUUGCCCAGCAUACCACAUCCCAAAUGGUUUACUCUUUGGAUGAAACCUGCCGAUGAAACCCUAGAAAACGACGAUGAAAUUCUUGAAGACUAUUCGUUGGUUUCGGUACCCUCUUGUCACUAUCUUCAACAAGUACCAUAUUCUUCAACCGUAGCUGUUGGUUCGGACAUCUACGUAAUCGGUGGACCCUACGAGGGGCCGCCGUCUUCACUUGUUCGUAUCUUUGAUUGUCGGACUCACACGUGGCGUGAAGGUCCCAACAUGUUGGUGGCACGUGAGGAGGCGUAUGCAUUUCAUAUCGAUGGGAAAAUAUAUGUAAUUGAAGAGGACCGGAAAGACGAUAAGUGGAUGGAAGUAUUAGACAUAGAGACUCAAACUUGGAGUCCCUUGCUGGGCCAUGGAGCUACUGAGUUUCGUGAUGAGUGGUUUCUUGUCAAUGUGUUUAGAGGACAGAUAUACGUAAUUGCUGCUGAGGAGAAUUUUGCAUUUGACCCAAAAGAAGGGACAUGGGAAGUUGUGGGAACGCACGAGUGUUAUAGACAUAUAGAUGCUUGGUGUGCGAUAGAGGAUGUGAUGUUUUGCUUUACGAACUCUGGUUAUUGCAUGUGGUAUGACACUAAGAGUAGAGAGUGGAGAGAGGUCAAGGGUUCGGAUAUGGAAGUAUUGCGUGAUAUAAGCGAGGAUAGCGUAGCACGCGAGGAUAGUUUAGCAUGGGGGGGUGUUGUUGGAAUGGUUAACCAUGGUGGGAAACUAUUUGUUACCUGGGUCCCCAUCCCCAAAUACAAGACAACGGAGGAAAGGAAAAUUUGGUGUACGAAAAUCUCAUUAGAGAAGCGCCAUGAAGGUGAGAUUUGGGGUAAGAUGGAUUGGGUUAAUGAAGUGCUUACGGUCACCAAGUCGUUUAACUUCUUGAGUUGUGUAGUAAUUACGAUUUGA